CAUUUGCCCAGCUACAAAACAGUCUCUAAGGAAGAAAUUGGAAUCUCAGAUAAACCCUGAUUCUCCAAACUUUUCAGUGGUUUCUAACUUGAAAGGUAAUUUUAAAGGGAGAGCGAGUGCUUAGACAUGUAUAAUUGAAGAUGCUCUUUCGUAACCCAGGUAAAUUUGAAUGGUUAGUAGUAGUUCGUUUUAAUUCGAACCGCUAUCGAAUUUUCAGUAUUUAUAAAAAGUUAUCAUCCUUAGCGGAUGGAUCUUCAUUGGAUGGUACCCAAGAAGCCCCAAGAACGAAUGAAUAUGCAAGAAAAAUUGUUGAUGAUGUGUACAAUAUUUUGCAGAGUGGUCCUUGGGGACCUUCUAUUGAGAAUGCUUUGUCUUUUUUUGAUGCGAAUAAUGGAAUACCUCAGCCAGAAUUAGUUAUCGGAGUUCUGAGGAGGAUGAAGGAUAUUGACGUGGCGAUAAAUUAUUUCAGGUGGGCUGAGAGGAAGUUUGACCAAGCAAACUGUCCAGAAGCCUACAAUUCACUUCUUAUGGUGAUGGCUAGAGGUAAAAGAUUUGAUUGUCUAGAAGAGAUUUUGGGAGAGAUGUGUCUUGCAGGAUUUGGCCCAACUAAUGAAACAUGUCUUGAGUUAGUUUUAAGCUGUGUUAAGUCAAAGAAGCUGAAAGAAGCAUUUUGUAUUAUUCAGACCAUGAGGAAGUUCAAAUUUAGGCCUGCUUUUUCAGCUUACACAACUUUGAUCGGUGCUCUUUCUGCGGUUAAUGAAUCUGAUCAAAUGCAUGCUCUUUUUCGUCAAAUGCAGGAGAUAGGUUAUGAGGUUAAUGUUCAUCUGUUUACAACUCUUAUCCGUGUUUUUGCCAAGAAGGGUUGCGUUGAUGAUGCCCUUUCUCUGUUGAAUGAGAUGAAGAACAAUUCAUUUCACGGUGACAUUGUUCUUUAUAAUGUAUGUAUAGAUUGUUUUGGUAAGGUAGGAAAGGUGGAUAUUGCCUGGAAAUUCUUUCAUGAGAUGAAAGCAAAUGGGCUGGCACCUGAUGAUGUAACUUAUACUAGUAUGAUAGGGGUUCUCUGCAAAGCUAACAGAAUAGAGGAGGCUGUGGAAAUAUUUGAGCAAAUGCACCACAACAGGGAGGUUCCGUGUGUAUAUGCUUAUAACACCAUGGUCAUGGGUUAUGGCUCAGCUGGGAUGUUUAAUGAAGCAUACAGCUUACUUGAGAGGCUAAAAGCAAAGGGGUGCAUACCAAGUGUCAUUGCAUAUAAUUGCAUUCUUACUUGCUUGGGGAAGAACAAGAGGGUGACUGAAGCUUUAAGGAUAUUUGAGGAGAUGAAGAAAGAUGCAAUGCCCAACAUUACAACCUAUAACAUUCUUAUUGACAUGCUUUGCAAGGCUGGAAAUCUGGAGGAUGCUUUGAAGGUUAGGGAUGCCAUGCAAGAAGCUGGCUUGUUUCCUAAUGUGAUGACUGUAAACAUAAUGGUUGAUAGACUCUGUAAAGCUCAAAGACUUGAGGAAGCCUGCUCUAUUUUUGAAGGACUGGAUCAUAAAAUCUGCCACCCAGAUGCAGUAACUUUUUGUUCACUUAUAGAUGGCUUGGGCAAGCAUGGUAGAGUGGAUGAUGCAUACCAGCUUUAUGAAAAGAUGUUGGAUUCUGAUCAGGUUCCAAAUGCUAUUGUAUACACAUCUUUGAUUAGGAAUUUCUUCAAGUGUGGCAGGACAGAGGAUGGUCACAAAAUAUACAAGGAAAUGGUGCAAAGUGGCUGUUCGCCUGAUUUAAUGCUCCUUAAUACCUACAUGGAUUGUGUUUUCAAAGCCAGGGAAACUGAGAAAGGCAGGGCUUUGUUUGAGGAAAUAAAGGCUCGGGGCUUGAUUCCUGGUGUACAGAGCUAUUCCAUCCUGAUUCAUGGCCUUGUGAAAGCAGGUUUUGCCAAUGAAACCUAUCAGUGGUUCUAUGCAAUGAAGGAGCAAGGUUGUGUUUUGGACACCCGUGCUUACAAUACUGUUAUUGAUGGAUUCUGCAAGUCAGGUAAGGUGAACAAAGCUUACCAGCUGCUGGAGGAAAUGAAGACAAAAGGUCACCACCCUACUGUUGUUACCUAUGGUUCUGUCAUUGACGGGCUUGCUAAAAUUGACAGACUUGAUGAAGCUUACAUGCUUUUUGAAGAAGCGAAAGCAAAAGGCAUAGAAUUAAAUGUAGUUAUAUAUAGUAGUCUCAUUGAUGGUUUUGGGAAAGUUGGUAGAAUUGAUGAAGCUUAUCUAAUCAUGGAAGAGUUGAUGCAGAAAGGUUUGACACCGAAUGCAUACACAUGGAAUUGCUUGCUUGAUGCCCUGGUAAAAGCAGAGGAAAUCAAUGAAGCCCUUGUCUGCUUUCAGUCCAUGAAAGACUUGAAGUGCACACCCAACCGUGUAACUUAUAGUAUUGUCAUAAAUGGUCUUUGUAAGAUUAGGAAAUUCAACAAGGCCUUUGUGUUUUGGCAAGAGAUGCAAAAGCAAGGUUUAAAACCUAAUACCAUCACCUACACUACCAUGAUCUCAGGACUUGCAAAGGCUGGGAAUAUUGAAGAGGCUAAUGGGCUGUUUGAUAGGUUCAAGGCCAAUGGGGGUAUACCUGAUUCUGCUUGUUAUAAUGCUAUCAUGGAAGGUUUGAGCUAUGCAAAUAGAGCAUUGGAUGCAUAUGCAGUUUUUGAGGAAACCAGACGCAAAGGUUUCAAUAUUCAUACCAAAACUUGUGUUGUUCUUUUAGAUGCACUUCAUAAAGCUGAAUGUCUCGAGCAGGCAGCUAUUGUAGGGGCUGUCCUGAGGGAAACUGCUAAGUCUCAACAUGCUGCAAGAUCUUGGUAACAUCAUGUUUGUUCUAAUUGAUUGUUAAAGAAUCAGUUGAUCAUGUGUACAGGGUGAAUUUCUGGGUCAUAAGGGGGUGCCUCUUUUCCCUGCUGAUGCACAAUUUGUUGGGAUGGCAGAUUGAUAACAAGUCUUCAUCUCAUCCCUUUCUUACUGGUGUUAAGUUGCUCCCAGCGGAGGCACCAGACAUCAGACAUGCAAUUCAAACAUUGGUGAUAAGGCCUACUAAUACAUUUGCACUGCUCCAACAUAUACGCUAAAUCUGCAUCAAGAAUUUGUUCCAUGAAGUGAUGGCGCUGCAUUUCGGUUCUGUAGAUGUGGUAACUUCUGCUCCGAACACAUUGUUAAUUCAUGGAUUGCAUAUGUGGUAACAUGUCUAAGAGUCUUCUCCGUAGGUACAAUUUUAGCUUCUUUCAGUGGAUGCUUUUAAUGUGCUAUAAUCAAAUUCUUUUUUAUCCUCUUAACCAUUUGAGAUAAUUUGCUGUUGAAAGACUUCGUAGGAUAAGUAUAAUUAUUGUUCAGCUCGGUCAUCUUGCUCUGUAUCAUCAAUUUUUCAUUUAUUGUCAGACCAGGGAAAUGUAAUAAAGAUAGGAAGAGAUUAUUGGUUACAUUAUACAUGCAGAAAGGUGAUAUAAUUAAUCAUUUAUGGGGAGUCCCCAUCUAGUUUAUGCUCUA